UGUUCAAUUAUUUUCUAGAUUUUCAUUAUGUUUUCUAGAAAAAUGAAAUAAUUUCGAUCGGAAUCUGUAUGUACCGAACAAUUCCCUAAUAUAUACCGAAGAUCAGAUUGACGUGAGAUGAGACGAAUGGAAUCGUGAGAUGGCGCUGCCAGUAUAAUUUUCGGUUAAAAGCCUGCUCUUUUUAACUGAACCUUUCACACGUGUUUAGUUUUCGUCUCCUUCUCUCCACGGUGGAGAGAAAAGAAGGAAAGACGAAUGAUAAGAAGUUCAAUUAAAAAAAAAAAAAAAAAAAACAAUAAAAUCGCAAGUGUGCUAUCUACGUGGCAUGUAAGAGAGAAAGAGAGGGAAAUGAUUCCACAUUUAGUUUCUUCGUUGAUAUAUUGCUCAUAGAAAUACGCGAAUGUAGUAUACAGUGGUAUAUGUUGUGAAAAAAAUAUCAGAUAAAAGCAGACUUGUGAUAAUAUCCUCGAAACGCAGCUGAAAAAAUAUAGCUGAUUUUAAUGACAACGCGAGCUUUUUCCUGAGAGAACAAGGCACGAUACGAGAUAAAGAGCAAGGGAUAAUAACGAAAAGAAUACCAAAUUGAAUUAUAAGAACUAAUGCAAAGACAAAAGUAAUUUCUGCUAUUUUGAAUUAAUUUUAUAUUUUAUAAUAGAAAAUGAAGAGAACAGUUUCUUCAUGAAGAAACAAAAGCAAUUGCAAGAUAAUACGUUCAGUAAGAAUAGUCACACUAAAUUCACAUAUAACAUGGCAACAUUGUUCGAGAAGCAUUUUGCAAUCUCAGACGUGCAACGAAACGCAGAGACGUAUGUGCUACCUGAUCCGCAAUCCAUGUUUGAAGAGCCGCCAUGGCAAUUGGAGAAAUUGCAAACAUUGAAAAGCGACUUGAACGAGGUGAAGAGUCUCCUGAACAACUUCAAUCUCAACAAGUGGCAGCAGCACACGAAUCAGAUGAACAAAGCGGGCUACAUCGUGAAGGCAGUGAAAGAAAAGAUCCAGGCGGAACUUGUAACUCAAGCCUGGUGCAAAUUCUACGAGAUUGCUAGCAAUUUUCCUCUGGUACCAUUAAAUGAGAUCUGUCGUGAGAUAGACAGUAAGAAUUUCAGAUCCGUACACCUCUGUGAAGCGCCGGGUGCCUUCGUGACCGCCUUGAACCAUUGGCUGAAGACGAACGCGCCCGAUGUCCAAUGGAAUUGGCUGGCGACCACCUUGAAUCCGCAUUGCGAAGGAAAUUCGUAUGACAGUAUGGUCGCGGAUGACAGAUUUAUCAGGCACACUCUAAAGCACUGGUGUUUUGGCGCCGACAACACAGGCGAUAUCAUGGACCUGAGAAACCUAGACGCUCUGGUGGAAAGGUCCGAGUCUCUCGACGGCGGUCGGAUUCUUCUAGUCACUGCGGACGGCAGUAUAGAUUGCACAAACGUGCCUGCAGAGCAGGAGAGCGUCGUAGCACAAUUACACUUUUGCGAGACGGUGGCUUGUCUGCAUCUCUUGCAGAAAGGCGGUAAUUUUCUACUGAAGCUUUUCACUCUGUUCGAGCACCAAUCUGUGUGUCUGAUGUAUCUGCUGUCUUGCGUCUUUCACGAAAUCAAAAUAACGAAGCCGGCGUCUAGCAAAGCAGGAAACUCGGAGAUGUACGUCGUUUGUAUAAAUUUCAAGGGUAAAAAUUUUGUAGCGCCGUAUUUGCAUAUCUUUAGACGUUACUACGGCAAUGUGCCGCCUGCGAAAGCGAUGUUCAGCUUGCGAGAUAUCCCGAACGCCUUUUUGAAGAGAAUCGAGAAGUGUAGCGAAUUCUUCAAGCUCCACCAGUGUCAGGUCAUACAGGAUAAUAUAAAUACAUUUCGAAAGAAUACGAAAGAGUACAGAGAUAUUCUUUCUGAGCUCUUGUACAUUAAACAAAUGAUCAGUAUGAAAUAUCUCAAAGAUUGCAAAUUGGAAAAAAUGGAUCCCGCGAACGAGAUAGUUGGCCGCGAGAUAAUCGAAAGGAACAAUAGUCAUUUUAUGAAUAGAAAACUGCAUACCAAUUCUUACAAUGACCGUUCCAAGAGACAAGAACCGCAAAAGCGUUUGUUGCAAAUAUGGAAUGAAGCGAAAGAGUUCGAAUCCCCGUCAGAAAAAUCUUUUGUUUGGUACCUGCGGGAGUUACCAGAAUCUUUAGAAAUACAAACAGGAAAAUCGUUUAACAAAGUAUGCAGUUCGCGCUUUUGCGACUCGAGAAUUCAGCAAAUAUUAAACAAUAUUGAUAACAUACUACAAGAUAUUCCCUACAAGAUCAUCCGCUUUCCAUUAACAGAAAUUACAAGAGAGUUCACACAGCAAAUCGAUCCGUCUCACGAGAUAUUAAGUUUCCAAUUCGUUCAGGAUUACGACAGUCAUCAAACAAUCACCAAAAUCUAUGAUCGAUUAAAAAAGCUCCAAUCUGAGCAAACACUUAUUCUUAUCGGUUACUCUUUAUUGACGCAAUUGAAUGUUGGUCUUUUGUUUCUCUUGGGAAAUUUUUUUAAUAAGAUCAUCGUAGAAGUUCACGAUAACGAAGGCUAUCGCAUUAAAUUGGAGACUUAUCAGCGCAACGAGAAAUUGUUGAAUUAUUUGCGUGAAAUUCUGAUUGCAUCGCAUAAUGCACGCAAUGAAAAUAUGGCAAUUUGGUCAAUAAUACCAAUAACGGUUUUAUACGAAUGUGACCAGUUCCCUGUGAUGAUGCAACUUAAUCAAUUGAUGAUCAAAAUGUAUGCUCGUCACGUUAUACAUACAAUAAUUGACAAAAAGCUGUAACAAUGUGGAAUUGGAUAUUUGACAAUGAUUUUAUAUAAAAUUAUAAAUAGAAAUAAUUAUAAUUAUUUCUAUUUACAAUUUUGUAAAUUACAAUCCUGGCUUGUGAUAAAUGUGAAUCUGUAAAUAUUAUCCUAUAAAUACGUGAUUUAUGAAUUAAUCUAUAUGUAUACAGAGCUUUGUAAGAUACGCAAUGUAUUAAAAUCAAAUGGGAAAUUCACUGCAUGCAUGAGAAGAUAACACAUAAAACGAAAAUGGCCCAAGGCAUUUGUGGGAUAUGCUUAUUUUGUAAGUAGUGGACUAAUAUUUUGGAAUCAUGUUUAAUGCAUAAAGUGAAAACUGAGAUUCUGUUACUCUAAACAAGGACAUUUACAAAGAACAACGUCACAUAAGGAUUCAACGACUUCGAUCGACUCAACAUCGGAACAGUAUCAUAACAGUGUAAAAACUCUGUGUUACGUUUUAAACCAACAUUGUAGAUAUGAA